UGCUGUUGUGAAGGAAAGGAUUCAUCGUUGGACCGUUGAGUUUCUCCAGCAGAUAGUUUGAUCAAAUUACUUUGCUUUAUUUUCUGACGAAGAUUUCACUGGAUUUCUACAUUUGAUGUUACUCUUAAAACAAUUCUUUCCUACGUGGAGGUCAAUUUAAUUGGAUAUUUAUGGAAAAUCUUUCGACAAAAGUGUAAUUGACUGCGUGUAAAGGGAACAGAACGACCACGUCUUCGACCCCUAGCAAUAUUCAGACUCAAGGGGCGCCUAUGGUCAAAGGGCGCAGUGGGAUCGUUAUUUAUGGUCAUGGGGCCAGGAUCAAUGGCAGGAGAUUAAGAGACCGGAUAAUGAGUCGAGGAAAUCGGGUCUUCCAAAUUGGAUACGAUAAACGGUACUUUGUCCAACUGGCAAGCCAUUCGGUUAGUGAGUGGUGAUGUUGGCUACCACGGUUCGUUCAGAUUUCAUGGCGACUUAUACGCCGGAUACGACUCCGGUGAGUGGGUCUGGGGAGGGUGGACAGCCUCCCUAUGACCUACCGUCAAUGUUGCCUUCGAACAAUCAGAAUUCCACUGAGGGGUUUUAUAAUGUGACUUUAUUACGAACCUCAAAUUCAACCCCAGGUGGGGAUUUGGAUCCUGGUGGAAUAUCUAGUGCUUCUCAAGUAACAGUGAUAGUUGUUUAUACGAUUGCAAUAGUGUUAUCUUUCGUUGGAAAUAUGCUUGUGAUUAUUGUUUUUUCGUGUGGUAAGCGCAGUCGGACAGACCUGCGCGGAUUCCUAAUAAGUCUUGCCGUCUCGGAUUUAAUACAGGGGUUAUUUUGUAUGCCGUUUUCCUUCACAAGUAUAAUGCUCCAAAGAUGGAUAUUCACAGCCCCGAUGUGUCCUAUUGUCUUGUUUAUGCAACUGACCUCCGUCACUGCUAGCGUGUGUACCAACAUGGCGAUCGGAAUGGAUCGCUUCUGGGUUGUGAUGUUUCCUUUACGAUCCCGAUUGACAAAAUCCCGUUACAAAAUUGUGAUAUCUGUGAUCUGGCUUAUAUCGUUAGCUUUGUCUUCGGUGCAACUGUAUGUCGGGCGGGCCGUUCCCCAAACUCAUUAUUCAGCGGCGCUUGACUGUAGUGAAAACUGGCCAAACGAAACGUGGACUCGGGGCUACACAAUAUUCAUUUUGGUGAUUACAUAUAUCAUUCCUCUGUCAAUCCUUACAUUCACCUAUUCAUUCGUUGGGAAGAAAUUAUGGCAAAGGACAGCGCCGGGGAACGCUGACGAGGCACGUGAUACGCAGCAGUUACGAUCAAAACGGAAGGUCAUCAAGAUGUUAGUGGUCGUGGUGGUCCUAUUCGGGAUCUGUUGGUUGCCUCUUCAUCUCUUCAUGAUUCUACUGGAUUUCGUCUUCGAUCCAUCAUAUGCAAAACAACAAGGCGAGAUCCUACAGCCCUUAUACUUUGCCUUCCACUGGCUUGCCAUGUCCAAUAGUUUCGUCAAUCCAAUCAUUUACGGGUUUAUGAAUGAUAGUUUUAGGAAUGACCUUCGACAGUUAUGGUUCAGAGGUACCGGUAGGCGAAUGGGCCUCAGCACUUCCGAGAGCAUGUUCAGUCGAAACUACAUGGAUAACCAGAACAACGAGCGGAGAAGUUCCAGUGGUCGUGCCAGUCCACGGUUCCUAUCGUCCAGGUACUCGUCAUCGAAGCGAUACCUUGCCGUACGAAUGAACGGUGAGGCGCAGAACUCCAAUCAUAAUAGUAGUAACAGUCCUUCUUGGCAGAACGCUGCAGAGCCACACAGUAAACUAUUACGCCAGUCACGCACAAGACAACAAUUUGUCUGAUAUCCAAAUGUUAAAAACGGGCCUGCGUGUAUUGUAUAUUUUAAUUCAUCAUAUUUGCACGUGCCAAAUGCAUUUCUGUAUUCAUCAGAUUUUUGUGUGCAUAGCGUGAUCUUUGGACAGAACUGACUUUAUAGACGCUCAUCAUGUUAGGAGUUAGACAAAACUCCGUCAACGACUCUGUUUUACCUUAGUGGUACAGAUUUUUGAAACGUUGUAAAUUCUUUUGUUGAUAAGAUAUUCGUCGGCGAAUAUCUGUGUGAUAUACAAUGUGCGUACGUAACACCAGUACGACCCUGUUUUGUAUUCCUGGACACCCCGGACUCUUCUAUGUAGAUGUUUUCAUAAUCAGAUGGAAGCACAAGAAAUAUAUGGAUAUCAUAAUCAUUCAGUUGAGUUUGAUAUAUUGUAAUGCAUUUUAUAUGGUUUUGUUGUCUGUACCAAAGUAAAUGAAAUAUCAAGCAAGGUAGACUGGUGUAAAAGUAGAAAUGUCCUCCUGGAAAUAAUGUCCGGUCCUGUUAUAUUUUGAAGAUGAUGGUACAAGGUUCUAUAGAGGCUAGAACUGUCAAUACCUCAGAGACUAAAUGCGCGUGAUAUAUACUUUGGUUCCCCGGACAUUCUAUCCUGGGACGUUUCAAACUUCUAGACCGGUUUUGCUUUUGUAUAUGAGAGAAAAAAAUGAUUUAUCUAUAAAAUUGACUUGUCUGUAGCAAUAAAUGAAUAGAAAUUGAGAGCGGCUAAUCUCUGGUCAUAAUCAGGAGUAAAUAAUUUUAUUUUCUCCUGUCAUAACUGCAUACGUAGUGAAGCUUGAGUAAAAAAAGUUGUCUUCUUCCGGGCCAACUGCCAGUCUGAUUAUUUUGCCGAGUAAUAUCAGCCCAUAACUGGCAUCGUCUUUGGCCAACAACAGGCAACUACACUUUGUCGCACAAUGGUAAGUUAUCAGUUUUAAUGAAGGCAAUCAUCACAAUCGUCAUCGUAAUCAUCAUCAUCGCCAUCGUCAUCGUCAUCGUCAGCGUUAGCAUCAUCGUCAUCUACAUCGUCAUUGUCAUCGUCAUUGUCAUCGACGUCAUCAUCGUCAUUGUCAUCGUCAUUGUCAUCGCCAUCUUCAUCAUCAUCAUCAUCAUCAUCAUCGAAAUCGUCAUCGUCAUCGUCAUUGUCAUCGACAUCAUCAUCAUCGUCAUCGUCGUCAUUGUCAUCGACAUCGUCAUCCACAUCCACAUCGUCAUCGUCAUCGUCAUCGUCAUUGCCAUUGUCAUCGACAUCAUCAUCACCAGCAUCAUCAUCAUCAUCAUCAUCGUCAUCGACAUCAUCAUCAUCGUCAUCUUCAUCGUCGUCUUCAUCGUCAUGGGGGAUCGUCAGCGUCAUCGUCUUCAAUAUCAUCACCGUCAUCCCACUGUCAUCGUCAAUUCCAUUAUACCAUAGCCAUUACCAUUAUGGCCACUAUAGCUUCUUUCAUAUUUUCACAAUCGCUGAAACAUAGUUUGCUUCAGUAUUGGUGAAAUGUAAGAAAAUUAUAUCAAACUUCGGGAUUUACUCGGUAUUGGUAAAAAAGGAUGUUUAGGUUCACCGAAUAAUCUCAAAUCAGCAGGUUCUGAAAGCAUGGUGACUAAAAAUAUUUCUCUCCGUGUUCCCUAUUUGGAACUUCGUCAGCCAUACGACAUGAUAUAUCUCAGGUGACCAUAGCAGUCAGAUGCUGGUAGGGUAAACCCUUUAUCAUGAUAUCGACCUCAUCAUUUUUUUCAUUAGGCCUAUACCACGAACAACUCGCCCCUCUGAGAGCCACCUCAGUUUUGCAUUUGCCAUUUCUUAAAGUCAUAUCACUUAUGAUCUCAAACGAACACAUCAUGUUCAUUAUCAGUCAUCAGGUCAAUUGUAAAUGCGAUGAUCAAACUCAUCUAUCAUCUCGCGCCAUCGCGUUUAUCAUACGCAACAAGUCCUAAUCAUAUUCAACACACCGAAAAAAAUCAUUCCCACCCAGUAAACUGUCUUCAUUUACCAUAAAACAUCAUUACUGCAGCUACCGAAUCAUUAUCAAUAUAUUUCAGCCCAUCUCAUUUCAUAUCAGUCGAGUGAAAGGUUUUGAGAUUUCAAAGAAAACAAUGAAAGUGCCAGCCAGAUUUGGUUUAUGAAACACUCUUUACUCCAAAACGCCUUCCUCAAUGCCAAGCGUCUAACGAGAAGGGAGUUUGUAUACCCAAGCAUGACAACUGACCAGCGGACCAGCAUCGCAAUGCGGGCCUCAAAAUCUUCCACAUUUCGCUCACGAGUCUGACGCCUCAACCACUUCUAACCAAACUACACUGAUCCUAUAUUUUCUAAUAUAAGUAUCACGCAGCCACUCGAAGUUUUAAAUUUGUAUUUAGGGAUAAGCUAAUGAGCUAAAACGAGUAGUGGUCUUGUUAUAAGAACGCAUAAGAUGGACUCUCAGCGAGUGAACAAGUCAGUGAGUUGGACUGGAAUAUGGUAUCCGUGUACCGGGUAUAGUCCGUAAUCAAUGUCCGGGCUAAACCAAAGGUUAAUGUACUUCUUGUGAUGGAAACAAGUGUUUUUUAUCAUAUUUUAUGUAUCAAAGGCCACGGA